CGCCCCCCGGCCGUUGGGAAGUGCGUCACGGCGGGGCGCGCCUGCGCCAGGGCGGCGGAUUCGAACGGUCGCGAGGCGGGGGGUGGUUGAGCGGGAACCGUUGGGUCCUUUCCCGGCGGCAACGGCCACGGCGGGAGGAGGAGGAAGAGGAUGGCGAUGAUGAUGAAGCGCACGGCGCCCCGUAGCACUUUGCGGAAAAUAAUAAAGAAGCACAAGCCUCAGUUACGCCUGGCGGCUAACGUCGACCUGCUGAUUCAUUUGAACUUCUUACUGUUUCUCCAUCGACUAGCAGAAGAAGCCAGGACAAAUGCUUUUGAGAACAGAAGUAAAAUAAUCAAACCUGAGCAUGCUAUAGUUGCAGCAAAGGUUGUUUUAAAGAAAAGCAGAGGCUAAAAAAUGGAGCAAUGGAAUUUCAAAUCUUGGGUCUUUUUUGGUGUGUUCUUACUAACUUGAGAUCCUGUGAGCCAGCUUUCGCACUUGUGGAAGUAUUUACGUUUACUGAUGUACAUCUCCUGACACUCCCUCUGAGUAUCCCGCUGUUUCUUAAAAAAAAAAAAAAAAGAAAAAAAAAAAAAGAAGUUUUCAUACACUUCAUGUAUAACUUAAAAAUAUGUGUCAUUUGUAAGUACCAUAAGUAACAGCAACUCUUCAUUUAAAUCUUUUGGUGUACCUUAUUUCUUCCAACAGAAUGGAUCAAUACCUUUACCAUACUCACUGAAGUGGAAUGUGUCAUUUUUUUAAGUGACUAUUAUACAUUUGAAGCAUUUUAAGGAAGACAGUAAUAAAAAUGCAGAUUUCUUUUAAUCCAUUAUAGAUUGUGCUGUUGCUAAACAAAAUGUUGACUUUCAAAAGAAAUGCUGCAGAAGCUAAUGUAUUAAAUAUCUUGGCUUUGAUUUGUUUAUAAAUGCCUUCAUAUUUUUAAAUCACUUUGAAAAGUAGGCUAAAACUUCUGUGUUUUGGGGAAUGGAUAUAUAUUCUGUAUUUCUAAACCAAGCUCUGAACUGUUAAGCUGGCCUACUGCUUGAUGUGGUAUGUGAGACGACUUGCUGGUCUUAAUUCAGUUGGUGUGGACAGAUGCACAUUAUAAAAAAAAAUUUGACACAUCUGAGGCUUUUGAAGUUAGAUCCUGUAGAAAUAAUGAAGAUAAGUUGGCAUGCACACAGAACUACUUCCUCCCCGCUUUUGAGUGUCAUCCUAACUUGUAGAAGCAUCAAAAUGUACAUUAGAUAAAAACAUCCUUAGUUGAAAUCAUAUUCUAUUCCUAAUCUGAUAGUUUUAAAUAAACCAUUGCUAAAUACUUUACAAAUCUUUUAAUAAAGGUACAAUUGAAUUUUACUGUUUGAGCUGAUAACACUAUUUUCUGCAAUAUGUGGUAGCUGAUGCUUCAUAUCACAGUGAGCUAUUCUUAAAAUAAAUUAUUGUAAAACAUCA